CUUGUCAAAAUUUCGUAUUGGAAUUAUUGAAUGACUUUGAAGCACUUUUCCCUGUGUCAUAUUUUGUAAAAUAAAUAUUUAACUAAAAUGGCUAAGAAGACUUACGAUUUGCUUUUCAAACUCCUUCUUAUUGGUGAUUCUGGUGUGGGAAAAACAUGCAUAUUGUUUAGAUUUUCAGAUAAUCACUUCACAACGACAUUUAUAUCCACUAUUGGAAUCGACUUCAAAAUAAAGACAGUGGAGCUUCGUGGUAAGAAAAUAAAGUUGCAGAUUUGGGACACCGCGGGCCAGGAGCGCUUUCACACAAUCACGACGUCGUACUACCGGGGCGCGAUGGGCAUCAUGCUGGUCUACGACAUAACAAACGAGAAAACGUUUGACGACAUCGUCAAAUGGUUAAGAAACAUAGACGAGCACGCCAAUGAGGAUGUGGAGAAGAUGAUCCUGGGAAACAAGUGCGACAUGGAGGAGAAGCGAGUUGUUAGCAAGGAGAGGGGAGAGGCGAUCGCCCGCGAGCACGGCAUCCGCUUCAUGGAGACGUCGGCGAAGGCCAACAUCAACAUCGACCGCGCGUUCUCGGAGCUGGCGGAGGCCAUCCUGGACAAGUCGGCCACGCGCGACGCGGACGGCGACCUCGCGCGCAUCGCCGUGGAGCGCCGGCCCUCGCGAGCGCCGCCCGCGCGCGCCUGCUGCUCCUAGGCGCGCUCGUUGGUCCCUCACCGGAUCGCUCGCUCACUGGAGGACCCCACAGACUCUUCGAUACCUCGAGUCAAUUUCAUGCGAUUUCUAAUGGAAACGAAGAUCAUCUCACAGUGAAUCAUUAAAUAUUAAUAGAAUAAACAACUUAGUGUUGGACAAGACACGACGAUCCGAUGUGCUGAUUCGGCGGUUAAUGUAACAUUUCUGAACUUCUCAUACAUAAAUGACGUAAGAUUCGUACACGUAUCAUUUUAUCCCGAGGUUUAAGUUGUGUAUAGUCUUCUAAAGCUAGAAAUGUAAGUGUAGUUCGCGUUAAAGAUCUAGAUGCUCGCCAACACGUCAAGGACGGAGUGCGGUCGCCAUGCUUACUAUAUUCACUAGCUUUUGCCUGUGAUUUCGCCCCGCUAAGAACAUAUUUACGCUGCAUAACAUUAUUCGUUGCGGAAUCUCACACGGUUACGGAAGGCUUAGCGUCAGCGUGAUACCUAUUAUCGCCUGAUUUUCGAGUAGAACUUACAGAAAGAUCUCUCUGCGAACGAUCUGCAAACGAGUUUUUUUAUGUGUAUAACGCUGUCGAGUUCCUGAUAUUGUGGAGGUUCACAUUUAGACGUAACUGAUGACGUAGGAUUGCACAUGGCGCUUCGACUUCCGGCUGAAGCGCGAGGACUGCCAUGUACUGUAAGCGCACUACAAUCACGCACCGGGAUUACACAUUUUUUUUGUAUUGUCAUUGCAUUUUAUAAAGCUUUAACUUCUAGCGUCAAGAGAAACUAAAGUUGCCUCCUUAAACAUUAUUAGCCAGCAAAUAAUAGAGAAUUCGUAUAUAUCCAGGAAAAAUGGCAAGAACUCUGCAUUUAUACUUUUAAUUGGCAUUUGAUAAAGAGGUUAAAGCUUAAACAUUAAUAAUUCAUUAUUGUAAUCUAUUUUGACAUACAUAUAUAUGUUUUAACAGAUUGAGCUUUGUAGACGCAAUUGUUACUUAAUCGCAAUUAUUUAAACUUAUGUCUCAGUUACGAUAUAUAUAUUUUUUUAAAUGAUAAUAGUUUAAGGAGUUGCUAUGGAGUUGUAUAAGUUUUUACCAAAAUUAUGGGGCGGAUAUUUCUACUUAAUAACAUAAUAACAUCACACUUACAUUGUACGCACGAUGCAUAAUAGUUCCUUUAAAAUUUCCAUGUGAAGCUUCAGCUUUUUUAUCUCAUCUUUUUGUCUGUCCUGCAAGGACGCACCUCACUUGGGCAUUUAAUUGUUUUUCUAAAACCUGAAGUGUGAUCAUAAUCAUAAUGAAAUAAUCUCUUGGGAAUAGGCAGCGGCUGGUGCUGAAAAUCAACCUGAACAUUAUUACCUAUGCAAGACUCACCCGGGGUGAGAUUUCAGCGCAAGUCGAAUAAACUAGGUCAUUAAGUACCCAAUGUAAUUGUAAUAAUGUACGUUAAAGGUUAAAUAAAUUAUACUAUUUUAUCGUACGGUGUAUGUGUCUCGAUGGUUUUUACCUGCUUUUAUAAAUAAACAGCAUUGUAUAUUAUGUUCAUAUUAAACUACCUAUUGUGAA